AAUACCAGUUGAAGUCUGGGACGUUUUUCCCAGGCCAAGCCAGUAUUUACUUAAUAUAACCGCGUUAAGUAGGUAGUACUACAACGUUGUCGAUUAUUAGUAAAUAAACACUGGCCCAAAUUAUAGUUGAGGUGCGCGGAAAGUGUAACGAUGUUACUUUUUUUAGUCUUUCUCACGUGUAGCUAUUUGUUUGCGAACUUUGCGAAUGGCGGAACGUACGCCGAAAAUUACUCCGAGUUUCGUCGCACGCGGUUCUGCAAUGAGUCGUCGUUCCGUUGCGAUUCGGGGGAGUGCAUCACUGAGGAUCACCUUUGCGAUGGGACAGUGCACUGCAGGGACGGCUCGGACGAAACGAGGGACUGUUUCAAUAUUAUACCAUGUGCCAGUGAUUUAUUGUUCCAAUGCGAUUACGGUGCUUGUAUAAACAAAGCUCGACAAUGCGAUGGGACGCCCGAUUGCAAGGAUAAGUCGGACGAGACGGCAUUGGCGUGCAAAAAAUGCGGGUGAGUUCUCCAACCAUAAGGGAAUAGUUGGCAAACUUUGCAACACUCCCGAAAUCUCAAAUUAGGUCGACUCCUUUGCUUUUCCAAACUACAUCAAAUCUCGUCACGGUUACGGUUUCGGGCUUAUCGGACACGAUUUUAUCGAGUGUUCGGUAUGACGUCAUUGGAUCGAUAUGGGUUAGAAAUUGUUCUGCGAAAAUUGACGAACUUGGAAAACCACAUUAUCAAAUACCAAUGGACCCUCUGCACAUCUUCAUUUACUACAUGUUCCACCUAGCCCUGUGCUGGUUUUGGGUGUCCAGAGUUAUUAAGUUGUUUACAGUAGAAGAGGCAGCUCCUGGACUAUAAAACACAUGUUUUGAGCCCAGUCGGAAUAACUCAUCGGCUUUCUCAUUACCUUCCUUCCAUUCCAGCAUGCUCUUUGAUUCUUGCGAGCUCAAGGGUGUUGCUGCUUAAUACUUGCUCCAGUGCAUGGUGACAUUUGGAAACCAAGCUCACUGGAAAUUCUGAUAGUUUUGCUCGUUAUGUUAUGCAUAAGUGACGUUUUUAUACUGGGACUGAACCUAAAUUUAGUGCUGUGGUCAUGAGCUUUUGCGCCAAAAACGAAAAGUUAAGUUAAGCGACAUUUUUUGAGACAAAGUGAAAUUUAGCGCUCUAAUUGUACCCAAAAUUCAAUGGUCCCGUUUUAAAUUGACAUUUUCCAUGCAAAGAUACUGUUUUUAUACUGUGAUUGAACCUAAAUUUAGUGCUUUGGCCAUGAACUUUUGCGCGAAAGAAGAAAAGUUAAAUUAAACGACAUUUUUUUAAGGUAAAGUGAAAUUUAGCGUCCUAAUUGCAACCAAAAAUCAAUGGUCUCCUUUUAAAAUGACAUUUUCCAUGCAGAGGUACUGUUUUUAUACUGGGAAUGAACCCAACUUUAGUGCUUUGGGCAUGCACUUUUGCGCCAAAAACGAAAAGUAAAAUUAAGCGACAUUUUUUUAAGGUAAAGUGAAAUUUAGCGCCCUAAUUGCACCCAAAAUUCAAUGGUCUCGUUUUACAUUGACAUUUUCUAUGCAAAAAUACUGUUUUUAUACUGGGACUGAGCCUAAAUUUAGCGCUUUGGCCAUGAACUUUUGCGACAAAGAA